AUGGGUCCACCUGGAGCAGGAAAGACCACGGUGGGGAGGAUAGUGGCCCACAGGCUAGGGCUUCCUGUUGUUGAUAUAGAUGAUGACGUCUUGGAGACAACAUGGAAGAUGUCUGUUGCAUCCAAGCUAGAUGCAGUUGGUGGAAAACGAUUCCUGGAGGAAGAAGGCCAGGUGUUGUGUAACUUCUCAGCUUCUGGAUGUGUCGUUUCCCUCACAGGCUCCAACCCUCUUCACCCUGAGGCGAUGAAGCACGUCAAGCAAAGCGGCAUGGUCAUCUACCUGGAUGUGGACAGCGAGGAUAUCCUGCAGAGACUUCAUAGAAUGAAGGUGGACAGGCUCGUUGGCCGAGAGGCAGGACAGUCCAUUAGGGACAUUCUGCGGCACAGGAAGCAGUUUUAUGAGCGUUGGCUGGAUGUGCGAGUGUUUUGCGGGCGAAAUGACACAGUGGAAGACGUAGCGGAGAAGGUGCUGCAGGCUGUGGAGAGAUAUCACAACCAUGCUGCUGAGACCUAUGUAUCCACCAGAAGUGACAGCAAAGGAGCAUCCGGUGAGACAACACACUUCAGUGAUGUGGUAGUGGAGGGUUUGGCCUCAGAUGGGGGUCUCUAUGUACCCAAGAAUGGCUUUCCAAAAAUGGGUACUAAUGAGUGGUUGAGACUGGUUGACAUGUCCUAUCAAGAACAGGCACUGGUGUUACUUGAGAAGUGCAUCCACCCGUUGGAUGUCUCUGCUUUGGAUCUGAGACAAAUGAUCUACAAGGCGUAUGGGUCCAACUUUUCAUGUGAGGAUGUUGCACCUGUGAAGCACCUGGUCCACAAUAUGUACAUUCAAGAGCUUUUUCAUGGCCCCACAUCUUCAUUUAAAGACCUCGCCUUGCAGCUAAUGCCCCAUCUCUUUGCCUACUGCCUUCCACCUAUGUGCAACUACCUCAUUCUGGUCGCCACGUCCGGUGAUACGGGAAGCGCUGUCCUCAGUGGCUUCAGCGGGCUACGUGGCGCUGACAGACGCAGGACGGGAGUGCUGGUCUUUUUCCCGGAGGAAGGCGUGAGCGAAAUUCAGAAGUUACAGAUGACGAGCUUCAACGAGAGCAACGCGAAGGCAGUCAGCGUACGCUCGGACUUUGACUUCUGCCAAAGAAGCAUCAAGAGGAUGUUCGGCGAGUCCGGACUGACGGGGCACCUCGCUGUGGAGUACGGGACUGUUCUCAGCACCGCCAACUCCAUCAACUGGGCACGUUUAUUACCACAGGUAGUUUACCAUUCCACUGCCUAUCUAAACCUGUGUCGGGAUGGCGUGAUCAAUUUUGGGGAGCCUGUGGACGUUUGCAUCCCGACAGGUAACUUUGGGAACGCCAUGUCAGCCGUGUACGCCAAGCAAAUGGGAAUCCCCAUAAGAGAAGUCAUCUGUGCAUCCAACCACAACUGUGUGGUCUCAGACUUUAUCAAAACAGGCGAGUACGAUCUCCGGAAACGCCGUUUGAUCCCGAGCCACUCUCCGGCUAUAGAUAUUCUGAAAUCCUCCAACCUUGAGAGGUUCAUCUAUCACGUCUCCGACAGCGACAGCCGACUAGUCAAGGACUUGUUCACACACUUAGACACACAGCAGCACUUUCGCCUUCCUGACCUGCUUCUUAGCAGGAUUCAGCAGGAAAUGCAGGCAGGCUGGUGCUCUGAAGCGGACUGCCUGGCCGCCAUCCAGAGCAUCCACACGCAGACCGGCUACAUCAUGGACACACACACCGCCGUGGCUAAAGUUGUGGCUGACAGGUUGCAGGACGCCACGUGCCCCGUGGUGAUUUGUUCCACCGUCCACUACGGCAAAUUUGCGCCCGCUGUGUUGAGAGCUUUGCAAGUGGAAAAUAUUCCACAAAGUCCUUUGGAGCAGCUGGAAAAACUGCAGCGGACUGCAUCCAUACCAGGAAUGCACAGGGACAUGAUGAAAUGCGUCAAGGAAGGAGACAGACGGGGACACGUGGUUUGUGAAGCAGACUAUAGUGUGUUAGUAGAAGAAGUGGAGAACGUGAUACAGGACUCCUUCCUCAAAGUUAUGUAG